AUUCUUCCGCCGUUCGUUAGCUUCCAAAGCUAGCGGAGUUAGCUUAGCCUGCUAACUGGGCCUUUGGUGUGUAGAAACAGUUUGUGUUAUUGUGUGAAAAAUGUCGAAAGUUCAAAUUCUGAGAGCGUUACUGAAGCAGCGACUACCUGCAGAUGACGAAGAAGAGAUAUUUGAUGUGUUUGAAAGAACAGCAGCAGAAUACGAGGAGGAACUUUGUGGUUUAAAAGAGGAGAACGAACGACAAAGAAAAGUACUGGAUGCUGUUUUUAAUUCCGACGACAAAACAGAUAUGCAGCAUCUGUUGGUCAAAAAAGCAGCUGCUCCCCCUGAGGAACAAGCACGGACAUCUAAUCUGAACCAAGAUGACCCAGAACUGCAUCAUAUUAAAAAGGAAGAGGAGGAACUAUGGACCUGUGAGGAACAAAAGCACCUUCAAGUGCUGGAGAUUAAUUCCUCCAUCUAUGCAAAUGAUGGUGUGAAACCUCAGUUCUCAGAUUUUCUUCAGCCCCAAAAUGAGGAGAACAGGGAGCCUGAGCCUCUUGCCAGCAGCUCAGAUGAACAGAUGAAAAUGGAUGAUGAUAAAAUGGACUGGAGAGGAUCAGAACCAGUUGGCAGGUUAGAUCAAGGCAGUUAUUUACACCCACAUAGUGAUGCUGUGAUUUCACACUCCACUGGACCUGAAAUUGAUGUCAGUGAUGUUGAUUGGAAGGAGACCAAAGAAAGUAAAUCAGGUUUAAACUCUUUACAAAAUGAAAUAAUCCCUGUUUGUGAUAACAGAUGUAAUGUUGGUGUGAAGCCAUUUAGCCCUGAGUGUGAUCAAAGGAUUAUUCACAACAAUAAUCUGAAGAAACAACAUGGAAUUCAUACAGAAGAGAAACUGUUUAACUGUUCCAAGUAUGGUGAAACAGUUUGCCAAAUCAACAGUCUGAAAAUCCAUAUGAUGGUUCAUACAGGAAAGAAAACAUUCAAGUGUGCCAAAUGUGGAAAAGCCUUUACCCAAAAGGGUAAUUUGAAGAGGCAUAUGACCAUCCAUAUGGGAAAGCCCUCAUUUAAGUGUCCUGAGUGUGGAAAAGCAUUUAACCAAAACUUCAAUCUGAAAACCCAUAUGGUAAUUCAUACAGGAGAACGACCCUUUACCUGUUCUGAGUGUGGAAAAACAUUCAACAAUAGCAGUAAUUUGAAAGCACAUCUCCUAAUUCAUACAGGUAAAGGACGCUUCAGCUGCUCUGAGUGUGAAAAAACAUUUAACAAUCGUAGCAAUCUCAAAACCCAUAUGCUAAAUCAUACUGGCGAAAGGCCAUUUAGCUGUUCUGAGUGUGGAAAAACAUUUAACACAAAAGGACGUCUGAAAACCCAUAUGCUAAUUCAUACAGGAGAAAGACCCUUUCAUUGUUCUGAGUGUGGAAAAACAUUUAUUCAAAGCAGCAGUUUGAAAACCCAUAUGCUAAUUCAUACAGGAGAAAGACCCUUUUGUUGUUCUCAGUGCGGAAAAACUUUUAACCAAAACAGUCUUUUAAAAAUGCAUAUCCUAAUUCAUACAGGAGAAAGACCAUUUUGCUGUACUGAGUGUGGAAAAACAUUUAACAGAAACAACCAUCUUAAAACCCAUAUGAUAUUUCACAAAGGAUACAAACCAUUUUAUUGUUCUGAAUGUGGAAAAGCAUUUGUCCUUAACAGUCAUUUGAAAAGGCAUAUGAUCACCCAUACUGGAGAGAAAGCGAGAAAAAAAAAAUCCAAGAAAAAUAAUUUUUAAAAAAGACAGCGAGAGAA